UGAAAUAGAAAAUCUGAUUUCAUCGACGAAAAUGGAAGGAAGAAACGGCGCGCGUAUCGCAUUAACGCGACGCCGUACGACGACCACGCGGACUGUGCAAAAGCAUCAGCGGCGUGUUCUAUCCUGGAGGCUAGCGCGACUUUCACCUUUCACCUCGGUGAAGCACGACGACUCGCCGCGCGCCGGUUCAAUUCUCGAACCUUUGCCCGAACGAGAAACGGGGAACGGCGAACAAGGAACGGUGGACAACGUGCGGGUGUUUGUGAGGGAAGAACAGCGCGUCGUGAUCGGAACACGUCCGCUAUCAGCGUGACGAGCGCACGAUCGAUCGACCGAGUAUGCACGGUACCGUCACGAUUCGGUUUCACCGUCGUGCCGCGACGAAUCGAAUCCGCAUUCGAGAGAUAUCGAUGGAAAGCAUCCGGGGAUGCAGCCAGGUUACAGGUAAAGAGGAUGAAGAAGAUCGCAGCGUUGCUGACCGUUGCUGGUCUCGUGGCCGUAGCCGUGUGCCAGGAAUACAUGCCAGGUGGACAUGCGUUGUUCGUGAGAACGUCAUCAUCCGCAGUCGCACACUCGAGAAUCCAGCGAGCUGCCCCGGUAUCGGCCGCAGACGUGAUGGCGCAAAAUAUCCUAGAGUGGAUUCAAGGGAUCUACCGACAGGGCGCACGUAAACCUCGUCAGCAGUCGGAUCCUCCAGGAUAUCUACCGCCGUAUAGCACGCAAAGACCACCGGAGAAACCUCGACCUUUCCAAGCGCCCUCGACCAGCCAGCAACCAACCUACACGACUCCUAGUCAGAACCAGGCGACGAAUUAUCCUUACCAGAGACCGUCACCGAACGUCGAUUCGUCAUCCGGUCAGUCGACCGUACAAUCAUCGCCGUUCUCCACCCAAAGAUCGACGUAUCUUCCACCGAACAACCAAUCACCCUACGUACCAUCCUCUUACAAUCCUCGUCCUACCACGACACCGUCCUAUUCGAACGCUGGCUCUUCCGCUUUCCCGCCGUAUAGCUCCACUCCUCAGCAACCCUCCGCUUCCGUUGGAAUCUCGACCAGUUACGGUUACUCGACACCAGGCUUCACCACCAGUGCACCCGGUAGAUUCUCCACGCCAUCCGGUUUCUCCACUACUUAUGGCUAUUCGACUCAAAGGCCGAGUCCUACCUACGUGCCAUCCGCGCAAGGAUCAGCUUUUAACGAUGGAUAUACCAUAACCAACGGUUAUCCGACCGCUGGCGCCGGGGCCAAUUCCUACGAUCAAAGUGGCACGGCUGGAUAUCCUUCCUCGCCGAGUAACUACCCUUCCUCUACUCCUGGCGGAGCGUUUCCUCCUCAAAAUACCGGCAGUGCAGCCAGCGGAACCAAUGUCGUGAAACCCCCUGGAACCUCUUCGACCGGAGUUGCUACUGGCCCUGGCGGAGAAGAAUCGAGCGCUUCUGGAACGAGCGAGGGAAACGCGGAAGACGAUGACUUGAAACACCCGCCGCAUAUUCACGCUCUCGAUGUCGAGUGUAGCAAGACUAUGAUGACUAUCAACAUUGAGUUCAACCGCGUCUUUGACGGAGUCAUUUAUUCUAAGGGAUUCUAUACGAAUCCAGAUUGCAGGUACGUGGCACAGAAUUCCGGACAAACUCGAUAUUCGUUCACGUUGAAUCUAAAUUCCUGCGGCACCCAAUUCAUCAACGAUUUCGCGGGGCAAGCUGGCCAAGCAUACUUGGAGAACGUACUCGUCUUACAGAACGAACCAGGUAUACAAGAAGUUUGGGACACGGUACGCAGAGUUCGUUGCCUCUGGGAAGGAAACAUCAAUAAAGCCUUGACGGUUAACUUCUCCGUGGACAUGUUGAAUCAAGAAACAGUAACGUUCAGCGGUGACACAGCGAGCGCUAAGUUGGACAUACAAGUGGGAAGGGGACCGUUCGCGCCUACUGCCGAUGGCCUCGUCAAGAUCGGAGAGACCAUGACUUUGGUCGUUUCCGUAGAAGGAGAUCCCGCCUUCGAUCUUCAGGUUCGUGACUGUAUCGCUCGCGACGAAUCUUCCACCAACACGUUACAACUGACGGACGAAAUGGGAUGUAUAUUGAAACCUAAAUUAUUCGGUGCAUUCCAAAAGACGAACGAUACGGGAAAUACGGGGGCAUCGAUUAUCGCGUACGCGUACUUUCAAGCUUUUAAAUUCCCCGAUGUGAUGGACCUGUUCAUCGAAUGCAACGUGGAAUUGUGCAAGACCGAUUGCGAACCAUGUUCAAAUACCAAUCAGCAAAUCGAACCGGGUAGACGGCGACGAUCGAUAAUGUCGACAUCGACAAACACGACAUCGAACAGUUCGGUCGUGCCACUCUCGGAUCCGAUACGCGUCGCUCGUGGCUUCAAAGUAAUCAUGGUGGAGGACUUGAGCAAAGCUAGCAACCAAGUUUUGGAACAGCUCGAGGAAACUGCCGUUGAGGAAGUUGCAAGAAGCUCAAUGAACGUUUGCAUGACAUACAGUGGCUUUUAUACCGCGAUCUCGUUUUUCUUGACUACCAUUCUCGUCACUACUAUCAGUGCAGUUACGCUUUACGUCAAGUUGCAACGAGUAUACGGAUCGAAAGUCAUCUAUUCGUAGGAAUUUCACUCGGUAUCGACAAAUGGUCACGGCUGAUCGACUGACGUUACGAUCACGACUAUCCGUUAGCGUUCGUAUCUUUCGUUACAAGCUAUCGGCUUCCUAACGUGCCUGUCUUUCGUAUUAGGUUUCAUCUUCAUCGCUUGUAAUCUAGAAUGACAAGCUGCACACAAGAGAGAAU